UCUGACAGAGUCACUCAGUUCACCUUUGAAUGUGGAAGAAGAAAUAUUUGUCUGUUCUGUCUGUGGGAAAAGAUUUCAAACACCAGUGUGACUGGAAAAGCACCGAGACACACACACCCGAGUGAGAGUGUUCCAGUUCACAAACUGUGGAAAGAGCUUUAACCAGUUACACAGCCUGAAAAAAAAAUUACACUGUUCACAGUGGGGAGAAACCAGACACGUGUUCUGUGCAUGGAUGAGCUUCAACUGAUUGUCCAACCAGGAGGGGGACAAACACCCUGGCAUGAUGGAGAAACCAUGGAAAUGCGAGGACUGUGGUAAAGGAUUCAAUUCUUCAUCUCGGCUGGAAAUCCAUCGAUGCAUUCACACUGGGGAGAAGCCGUUCAGCUGUUCUGUGUGUGGGAAGGGAUUCAGUCGGUCAUCCAGCCUUUGGUCACACCAGCGAGUUCACACUGAGAAGAAGCUAUUCAGCUGCACAACCUGUGGAGAGAAGUUCAAGUCUUCAUCCAUCCUCACUGAACACCAGCGAAUUCACACGGGUGGGAGACCAUUCACUUGCUUCGUGUGUGGGAAGGGAUUCACUCAGGUAUUCGCCCUCCAGUCACACCACCGAAUGCACACGAAGGAGAAUCCAUUCAGCUGUAUUUCCUGUGGAAAGAGCUUCCGGCAGUCAAUCGACCUCAAUGAACACCAAAGCACUCACACUGGGGAGAAGCCGUUCAGUUGUUCCAUGUGUGGGAAGGGAUUCCGUUGGUCAUCCCAACUGCUGACACAUCAGCGAGUUCACAACGGCGACAGACCAUUCACCUGCUCAUUGUGUGGGACGGGAUUCACUCAGUCACAACACCUGCUGAGACACGAGCGGGUUCACAAGUGACUGCAGUGAUUGCAUUCUGCUGUAAUUGCUGCUGUUAAUCACAUCCAGUCUGAUAAUCUGACAAUAUUUGGGUGGUUCCUGCUGAUGUUAACAACCCUAUAACUGACUGCAGUUUAAUAUUCUGGAGAUGUCACAAUGUCUCAUUUUAAAAUUGCCAUCUCCAACCUUUCUGCUUAAUGAAGAAUUCUCACCAGGAAUUAGUUUGCAGUAAAAUUAGGAACUUUUGCCGCUAUCCUAAAUUGAUCUUUGGUGCAAAAUCUACAAUUCAAUGUCUGAGAGGUUCCACUGAUUAACAUCACCAAUUAGAAAGUGCUGAUUAAUCCUCGCUGACAAUUCUUACCGAUUGCCACAUUCUUCACAGUGGCACCUCCGUUUUGAAAUUAAAUUAUCAAGGAACAUGAAACAAAACAGUAAAAUAUUUUACAGGCACAUCAAUAAAAGCUUCAUCAAUCAACAUUGAUAUUGAUGAAGCUUGGAAGUCGCUGAGUUCAAUCAUUUCUGACACAGCAGCAGCAACAUUUGGUAAAGGUGGAACCCACAACAAAGACUGGUUUGAGACCCACUCAGUAGAGAUGACAUUUGUCAUUGAAGCAAAAAGCAAAGCUUACCUGAUGCACAACAUAAACCCAACAGCUAGAACACUGCACAACUUGAAAGUAGCCAAGAUGGUUGUGCAGAAGACAGGGAGAUGCAGUGUAAAUAAACACUGGAUCAGCCCACACUAAGAAAUCCAAACUGUCUGGAAUCUCCGUGCUAUGUAUGAUGGGAUCAAGAGGGCGCUUGGUCCGACCAUCACCCAAGUUGACUCCCUGAAAUUGGCAGAUAGUGAAGUACUCACUGACAGAAGUCCCGCUGGGUUGAACACAAUUGUGAGCUGUACUGCCAUGAGACAGACACCUCCCAGUCUCUGUUUGACUCUCUCCAGCAGCUUCUUGUCAUGGGCGAGUUGGACAAGGAAAUUUCAUUACUUGAGCUGGAAAAGGCCAUUGAUUGCUAUUGAUGGAAUUACAGCUGAACUGCUCAAGCACGUAAAGUCUGCUGCCACACCUUCAUGACCUCAAUUCCAUAGGACAUGCAUGAUUCAAAAGUCAGCAUAUUAUGCAAAAACAAUUGUGAUGAAAGAGAUUGCAACAACCACAGGGUCAUCUCACUCCUUAAUGUCACAGGAACCACCUUCGCUGGGAUGAUGCUAAAAGACUUUAUCUACUUGCACACUGAGUGUGUCCAGAAGCACAGUGCGGUUUCUGUGCUGGCAGAUCUACAGUGAACAUGAUCACCAUACGUCAGUUACAAGAGAAAGUUUAACUGGUAUUUAAUUGAAAAUGCUGCCAGCUUCUGUGCUGAGACAAGUGAAAUGUUAUAAAUACGGUGUGAAAGUAAACCUUUAAGUAUGAAU